UUGGAUGAGGGCUAGAAGACAAUGACCCAGAGAGACCGGUGACGACGUAACCCUGGGCACAACCGCUAGGGAGCCUAGUUCGUGAGACCCCAGUGCCACCAUUUUUACGCAGGCGUCCUCAAGUCCUGAUUGUGUACCUGCUACUUUCCGUUUUCAAGUUUUACCCACAUUAGGGUGCGCACGGAGCUGGUUUCUGUCCCUUCUCGGCCCUGGUACCCGACCGCGGAUACCUGGGGCUGGGCAGGCGUCCCCGGGCGCGCUGGGCUGGCCGGGGGCCGAGCCGGGGGAUCCCCAUGGCGCAGCUGCUUGCCCCGGCAAGGCCCUCGGCUCGGCCCGGGUUCGGGGAGCUCGGGGUCGUGAGCUUCGCGGACGUGGCCGUGUACUUCUCCCCCGAGGAGUGGGGCUGCCUGCGGCCCGCGCAGAGAGCCCUGUACCGGGAGGUGAUGCGCGAGACCUACGGCCUCCUGGGCGCGCUCGGAGGCGGAGGCGCCAAGCCAGCGCUCAUCUCCUGGGUGGAGGAAGAGGCGGAACUGUGGGGACCUGGUGCCCAGGAUCCAGCGGUGGCCAUGCGUCCGACGGAAGCAGACUCAGAUUGCAGACAAGAGGAAAGGAGGAGACCAAGGGAAGAGACUGAGGCAACCCAGAAGACAUUUCCUGCACAAGCUGGACCGAAGAAGCCUCACCCCUCCUUUGCAGGACCCCCUUGCAAAUUGGAGCCGCUGUCCAAGGACACUCACCAGGGCCACCCCCCUCUUGGUGUUCGCGCCACCGUCCCAAGAGCAGAUCGGCGUCAUGGCUGCCGUGUGUGUGGGAAGAGUUUUGCCUGGCGGUCCACGCUGGUGGAGCACCUGUAUACUCACACGGGGGAAAAGCCGUUCCGUUGCCCUGACUGCAGCAAGCCCUUCGGCCGGGCUUCCUCCCUGAGCAAGCACCGGGCCAUACACCGAGGGGAACGGCCACAUCGCUGUCCCGACUGUGGCCGGGCCUUUACGCAGCGCUCAGCCCUCACCACCCAUCUCCGUGUCCACACUGGAGAGAAGCCCUACUGCUGUGCUGAUUGUGGGCGCCGCUUCAGCCAGAGCUCCGCGCUCCAUCAGCACCAGCGGGUGCACAGUGGCAUGACCCCCUUUCCUUGCACAGACUGUGGCAGAGCCUUCGCCCAUGCCUCAGACCUUCGGCGCCACGUGCGCACGCACACGGGUGAAAAGCCUUACUCCUGCCCCGACUGUGGACGCUGCUUCCGCCAGAGCUCUGAAAUGGCAGCCCACAGGCGGACCCACAGCGGCGAGCGUCCCUACCCCUGCCCUCAGUGUGGCAGGUGCUUUGGCCAGAAGUCAGCAGUGGCGAAGCAUCAGUGGGUCCAUCGGCCAGGAGCUAGGGAUCAUAGGGACAGAGAAGCCAGUCAGUUAUCUAUAUCCCUGACCACAGGCCAAGGGGACCCUGAUCCACCUGUGGGCUUCCGGCGCUAUCCAGAGAUAUUCCAGGAGUGCGGGGGGGUGGUCUUAAAAGCCCCAACAUAGAGAGUGAAAUAUACACACUGUUGGAAGCCCAGAGGCUUGAACCUAUGGCAUCCUCCGGAAGGCACAGAAGUUCUAGCAAGGGCUGGUCCUGGGGACAGAGUACAGCCUUGUGGGUGGUUACCAGCUGCCUUUGCACACACACUGAUUCCACUCUCCGAGGCUCUGAGGCUGUUGGGCGGGGUGGGACGCCCACUAGAACGCUAUGAGAAGCAAGGCCCAGACGGAUUGAGAGGCUUGAAGAGAACCUUGUUUAACCCAUUGCCUCGUUAGUGCCGAGGCGGAAGCAGAUGGCUGUGUGUGAGCUGAGCCAGCUGCAUUGUCAGGGGUUAUUAGUUACUGGUCAAGAGCUGCGUGUGGUGGGGCACGCCUCUGACCUCAGCACUUCAGGGGCAGAGACAGGAAGGUCAGGAAUUUGAGGCCAGUUUGGGUUACCUGAAACUUCAUCUAAGGUAAAUAAAUAAAUAACAAGUGAAAUUAUCUGAGGUUUAAAAGUCAAAGUAUUUGACACACAAAAGAAGGUCCAGGUUUCUAGCUGCUCUUGAAAAAUAAAACAGAAACUCCAAAAGAUUGAGCCAACCAAGGAAGAGAGAACGCUGCAUGUACUGGGUGUGGGGCACAUGCCUAUAAUCCCACCACUUGGCAGUUGGAGGCAGGAGGCUCAGACGUUCAAGGCUGCCCUCACUUACACACACACACACACACACACACACACACACACACACACACACACGGGUUGGGAGUGUCUCAGCAGGUAAAGGCUACAACUCCCAUGACCUGAUUUCAAUGGUGCAAGGAGUGAGCCAUUUCUUGAACAUUGUCCUCUGGUGAUAUUUAGUUUUUUCUGACUCAGAGAGGGUAUGUGUAUCAUUGGAUGGCCGAGAGGGGGAAACAAAACAAAAAACAAACAAAAACAAAGUUCAUAAGCUUUAUUUCAGUUCUUCCCUUGUAUUUUGUGGUUUUCAAAGUACUUUCUUUCUAUGACCUUGUUUACCUCUCUUAGCUGCCUCGGAAAGGAAGCAGUUUGAACAGGAAGACUAGUCAGGAAGAGGCACUUGGGACCAGAUAUCUGACCCUCUGUAUUCACUCUGCCUUUGCCACUCAUCUGUAUGUCCACUCAGGAGAAGCCAGCUAGCCAGCAGCUCCUGAAUUUGGAGGGAAAGGCCCUGGAAGUUUUGCCCAGUUGGAGUCUCCUCACCUGUUUGAACUGGAGGAAAUCUUAGCUUUUCUGUCCCUUUGUGGUCAAAGACAGAUUACAGGAGGCCAAACAACCUGCCUAAGAUCACACAGUGAAGCUGUAGGGUUCACAGUCUACUGCUAUCUGUUGAGAGAGAGAGAGAGAGAGAGAGAGAGAGAGAGAGAGAGAGAGAGAGAGAGAGAGCAUGCAGAUGCCUGUAGAGGCCAGAAGAGGGUGUUGGGUGCCUUGGAGCUACAGGCAAUUGUGAGCUACCUGAGGUGGGUGCUGGGAACCAAACUCUGGAAGUGCCAUUCAUUAACCUGUGAGCCUCCUCCUCGGCACACUUUUUAAGAGACAUUUUAGUAUCUGCUAGCCUCCCGGCAGCUGAGACUGAGGUGAGUGUUAAUCUUCACCCCUGCUGUCUCCACAUCACUGGUGAGUUCCUGCCAGGACGAGUGGAAACACCUGUGGGCUGAGUAAUGAGGAGUCUGUGGCAGGAGGAUCACAAAUUCAGUGCCAUCUGGGCUACUGUCCCCCAAAAUGUUUGUACACACUGCUCAUCCAGAGGACCUAAGUUCAAUUCCUCACAACACGUCAGAUGGCUUACAGCUGUCUGUCACUCUCACUCCAGGCUAGGGCCUCGGGGGGCACUUGCGCUCAUGUGCACAUACUGACAUACAAUUAAAAAUAAGAGGAGGGGCUUGGGAACAUAGUUGUCAUAAAGUACUUUCUAAAGCCUAAGGAACCAGACUUAAACCCCGGCACCCACCUAAGAAAGUCGGGUGGCAGGUAAGAGUCUCCCUGGAGCUCACUGCCAAGCCUGGCCAGCCUCAUUAGUGAGCUCCAGAACCGUGAGAGACCCUGUCUCCGAGAAGGCAGACCCAGUUCCUGAGAAUGACAUCUGAGGUCUGGCCUCCACCUGCACAUAUGUACACACGCCCACAUCCCCUCAAACACGCUUCCACACAUUAUUACUAUUAUUGUAUGUUCACGCACGUGGAUAUCAGGACGGUUUGGGAGAGUUCGUUCUCGUCUGUGGGUGUGUGUCAAGUUCACACCAUCAGAUUUACACGAGAGCACAUUUACCCUCUGACCAUCUGACAGCCUACACUUACAAUUUUAAAAACUUUCAUUUGGCAUCUGAGGAUGUUAUUUCAUAAAACAUCUUUUUUAAUCAUUGCAAACAAACAAAAAAGCAUUGCAAACCACACUUAAUCACUACUAUCAUUUGUUUUUUGGGGGGUUUUGUUUUGUUUUUCGAGAUAGGGUUUUUCUGUGUAGCUUUGGUACCUUUCCUGGAAUUCACUCUGUAGCCCAGGCUGGCCUCAAACUCACAGAGAUCCACCUGCCUCUGCCUCCCGAGUGCUGGGAUUAAAGGCGUGUGCCACCACUGCCCGGCUAUCAUUUGUAUUAUACACUUUCCAAAAUCGAAGCCUGGAGUUUAUGGUCAAAGUCA